AACAAAAGAAAGAAUAAUUUAAAGGUUUUGUGAAUGAGGCCCAUUGUGUUUUUGAGUCACUCAAUGGAUGAGGCGCAGGAAAAAAUAUAUAGUGGUGGAGACAACAAUGCCCUUAAACCUAAUGAUGUGUGUGGUUGGGCUGAUAGUUCCACCACUGGGUAGGGAUGCACAACUCGAUGAAAUGUGUCAGGUUUGGGGAAAAUAGGCAUAGUAUGCCAGCAGUUUCGAAGUAAUCAUGGAUUUUAUUUAUGAAAGAAUGCACAAAGAGAAAAGAACAAACAAAGCAUGAAACAAAACACAGGUGCACUAAAUACUGCACAAAAUCUUCAUCCAGCCUUACAGCAGUCUGUCCUCCAAGCAAGUAGAAAAAUAACCAAUAAAAGUACAAACUUUUAAUAUUGUGCGAAGUAUAAAUGUGUAACAGUGGGUACCAUACUGUUAAUGUCAAAAGAUGUCUGAAGUUAUGUGCAUGCACAAUGACGGUUGGGGGUUGCUUAGUGACAACUCAAAUUAAGCCAGCAAACGAAACUAAAAAAUGAAACGCCACAUGCCAGUGCUUAUACCUAGAGCCUACGGUGUGCUAUACAUACGUAGAUUCUUCCACAAGUGAGGAGACUGUGGUGAGUGAAGAAACGUCUCGCUCUUUUUUCUUUUUUUUCUUUCUUUUUUUUUUUUUUUUACAAUGUGUUAUGUCCAAUCCUUAUCAUGGAACAAAAUAGCAAAUGUUUUGUUGUGCGGGGUGAUGUCACUACGCACUGCAUCAUAAUGACAUGGGCAAUUAAAAUGUCAGGUAAGGCACUGCAGCAUGACGCAGAGAUUAGAGUUAAAUUUCCCUAUCAUUAAUGUAGGUUCCAGGGAGCUGUUGUUGUACUGUAAAGUAAGGUAUUGAACCUGGGCUGCUUUAGUUGCCUACACAUAUCUGCAGCUUGUAAUAUGUAUACUUUUUAGAUGGGUAGCUAUAUUGCCAUGGAGAAGUUUUCCAAGUAAAUUUAUUUUCAUUAAAAAGCUAAAUGAACCGAAUUUCAUGUAAUUAUGCAGAAUGUGGAAUACACUGACAGAACAACUCAAACUUUGACCUCUUGAAGGAGGUACAUCCUGGAAGACUGUCCAAAGCCUUCCAUUAAUUUGAAAUAAGUCUGGUUUUUGAAAGGUUGACAACAGAGCUGCACAGGGCCUCUUCUAACUUUUAGGUUUGCUGUCGUGUAAUUUGAAAUUAACCUUAUUCAGAGUGUAUACUUCAAUUCGCAGCCCCCACCCCUCCUGGCUUUCCCCUUGUCCCCUGCCCCCAAUGUUUUGUAUGGGUUCUUCAUUUUAUUUAAAUGUCAAAUUUAAAAAUAACUUGUCAAACAAUCAAAUGAAAUCAUCCAAAAUUGGAGGAAUGCAUAGUUUGGCUGUUAUUGCAUUAAGAUAGCAUGCCUUGUAUGGCUUUAAAAGCCAUUGUUUUAUCAACUAACGCUUGCAUGCGCUGAGCAAAGAAGAGUCUCAUAUCACUUGUGGCAUCUGGUGAAAAGUCUAGAAAGAGCUUUCAUGGAAGAAAGACUGAGAGAUAAUGUGAAGCGAGGGUCUUUGCAAAACAAGAAAAAAAAAACACACCCAUCCUGAGAGAGAACGGGGCGGGAUGUGUGGAGGUGUAGGUGUAGAGAGGGGGGCUUUGGAACCACAACAGGUGACAUUAACUUACCACCAUUACCACUGAGGACCUAACAUCCUGUCAGCUCUGCAUGAAGAGAGAAACAGGCAGCCCCCCAGCACCGAGAAACCCGAGAGGCAUCACAGAGAACGCGUUCUUUCUCUGUCGAAGAGUCUGGAUACAGGGGGCCACAAGAGCCAGGGCAAGUGCGCUGCAGGAACUUGACGGAGUUACAGUGUGUAGCGGAGGCCUCAUUCCUGAAGCUGUUUGCCAAAAUGGGGAGUAAAGCACUACCCGCGCCGAUUCCACUUCACCCAUCCCUCCAGCUGACAAACUACUCCUUCCUCCAAGCUGUCAAUACCUUCCCUGCGGCCGUUGAUCACCUGCAAGGAUUGUACGGCCUCAGCGCUGUACAAACCAUGCAUAUGAACCACUGGACUCUGGGUUAUCCGCACAUGCAAGGACUGAGGUCAACAAUCACCGAAAUGGCAGCUGCCCAAAGCUUAAUGGAUCCGAGAUUUCCUUUUCCAGCUUUACCGUUUGCUGCGCACCUUUUCCACCCGAAGCAGGGUGCAAUAACACAUGUCCUCCCCUCUCUGGCUAAAGAUAGACCGAGGUUUGAUUUUAGAAAUCUCGCCAUUGCUGCCACCCAGGAGGACCCGCCUAAAUCAGGGGAUCUUUCCAAGUUGACAGCGGGCCUGGGGGGCGCCAUCUCUGAGCUGAGUAAACUGUCCCCGGACAGAAAGCCCACGAGAGGACGCCUGCCGUCGAAGACGAAAAAGGAAUUUAUUUGCAAGUUCUGUGGCAGACAUUUCACUAAGUCAUACAACCUCCUCAUCCACGAAAGAACCCAUACAGACGAAAGGCCUUAUACCUGUGAUAUUUGUCACAAGGCGUUUCGAAGACAGGAUCACCUGAGAGACCACAGGUACAUCCAUUCUAAAGAGAAGCCUUUCAAAUGUCAAGAAUGUGGGAAGGGGUUCUGUCAAUCGCGAACUUUAGCCGUGCACAAAACAUUACAUAUGCAGGAAUCUCCUCACAAAUGCCCGACAUGCGGAAGAACGUUUAACCAAAGAAGUAACCUGAAAACUCACCUUCUCACCCAUACAGACAUCAAGCCCUACAGCUGUGACCGCUGCGGAAAGGUGUUUCGGCGCAACUGUGACUUGCGACGGCACAGUUUGACUCAUACCCCCCCUCAGGACUACUAGCCACGAAGGCUGGACAUCUAAUAAAAAUAAUAAAAAAAACUAUUUUAAAGAACGGAGAACACAAAAAUAACGGAAACAAAGCGUUUUCAGACAAACCAAAGCUCUAUCGGGACAGAUAGGCUACGACACACCCCAGUGGACUGGUUGGAUGACUCCAUUAACAGAACAAGCAGGAGCCAAGCCCGGUUGUUUCUUCUCAACAUGUAAAUACCAAGGCUAUCAAAACCUAUGUAAAUAAAGUUUUUUUUCUAUAAUUACUGUCUUUUAAUUCAAAAGUGUAAAAGAAAAAAGUUUUCUAAUUUUUGGAAGUAUGUUAAAUUGUAUUUUAGAAAUAAAGAGUUUAAUAUUCAUCAGCGUUAA